GCUGCCCCAGACUGGCCAAAGGGACACCAUAUGAUGCUGUGCUCAGCAAUAAAAGCUGAGGUGAAAGAAGAAGGAGGAGGACAUUCGGAGUGACGGCGUUUAUCUUCCCGAGACACUGUUACAUGUGAUGAGCCCUGCUUUCCUGGAAGUAUCUGAACACCUGCCUGCUGAUGGGAAGUAGCAAGUUAGAUGUGUAAUGAAGAUCUUGGAACAAGUGGAUGUAUGUUCUUGCUGAAGAUGUCUCUUCCAAGCCAGCGUCAUUGUCUUAUUACUAAUCCUCCUCCACCAGAAUACAUAAACAGCAAAAAUAGUGGGUGUCAAACAAACCAACUUCAGUACUUACAGAGAGUGGUCAUGAAAGCCAUGUGGCGACACAACUUUUCCUGGCCAUUUCAUCAACCUGUAGACGCAGCAGCACUGAAUCUUCCUGAUUACUACAGUAUUAUAAAGAAACCUAUGGACCUGAGCACAAUUAAAAAGCGUCUGGAACAUAAUUACUACACAAAAGCUGCAGAAUGCAUUGAUGACUUCAAAACUAUGUUCCUGAACUGCUACAUAUAUAACAAGCCAGGUGAUGACAUUGUGUUUAUGGCCCAAGAACUAGAAAAAGUGUUCAUGCAGAAAAUAGCACAAAUGCCACCAGAAGAAAUACUGAUGCCCAACAAAGGAAAAAGAAAAGAAAAGCUGACAGAAGAACCUCAGCAGCCAAACAGUGGGACUUCAUCUAAACAGAGAACAAGGCAGAAACAACCUGAAAGUGGUGAGCAGCCUACAGCAAUAACUCAAGAGCUACAGAAGACCACACCACCUCCUUUGUCUGCAGCUCAGCUGACUACUUUAAUGCCAGCUGCCAUCCCUAUCACAAAAACAAAAAAAGGCGUGAAAAGGAAGGCCGACACUACAACUCCUACUACUUCAAUACUCACAACAAGCAGUGAAUCUUCUGCAACAUGUAAUGAAAGAAAAACUUUUAAAACAUGCAAAGGUGAAAAUGAAUGUAUGAUACCAAAGAAGAUUCUGAAGAAAGGCUUACCAGAUUCUCAGCAAUCACCUAGAGUUCUUAAAAAGAUUCAGUUGUCAAAACAACUAAAAUAUUGUAAUGAAAUUCUUAAAGAAAUGUUCUCAAAGAAACAUUCAGCAUAUGCAUGGCCUUUCUUAAAAUCUGCAGAUGUUGUAUCCUUCUCACUUGGUGAGAAAAAAGGGAUCACCAAAUGUCCUGCAGAUUUGGGAACCAUUAAAAAAAAAAUGGAUAAUUUUGAAUAUAGAGAUAUACAAGAAUUUGCCACAGAUGUUAGAUUAAUGUUCAUGAAUUGCUACAAACGUAAUUCUCCAGACCAUGAAGUGGUUGCCAUGGCAAAAAAACUUCAGGAUGUUUUUGAGACUCACUUUGCCAAAAUUCCUGAUGAACCAGCUACAAGUGUUCUUCUGCCACAGCAUGCAAGAGAAAUUACAAAAGCUUAUUCCAGGGACAGCAGCAGUGAUGACUCUUCAGAAGAAAAAUCAACUGAAGACUUUAAAAAGGAGAGAACAGUGUACCUUGCAAAACUUCAGGAGCAGCUUAAAGCUGUUCACCAGCAGUUGCGGGCUUUGACCAGAGCAUCCUUACCUAGAUCAAAAAAGAAAAAAGAGAAGGCUAAGAAAGAAAAGGGGAAGAACAAGGAAAAAGCUAAAGCAAGCCUGAUUCAAAAGAAGAAAGAUCUAAAACACAAGAAAUCUAAGAAAAAGCAGUCUUCAAACAUUCAAUCAAAGAAAACCAUCCAGCAGGUCUUGUUGGCACAUAAGUCAGAAGAUGAUGAUGGUGCCAAGCCUAUGACUUAUGAUGAAAAAAGGCAGUUGAGUUUGAACAUAAAUAAGCUGCCUGGAGAUAAGCUUGGGAAAGUAGUCCAUAUAAUACAAUCAAGAGAACCAUCACUGAGGAAUUCUAGCCCUGAUGAGAUAGAAAUAGACUUUGAAACUUUAAAGGCUUCAACACUCAGAGAAUUAGAGAAAUAUGUGGCAACCUGUUUGAGGAAGAGACCAAGAAAGCAGCAUGCCAAAAAAGCAAUGAAGUCAAAAGAGCAGCUUCUUUCUGAGAGGAAACAAGAACUGGAGAAGAGACUACUGGAUGUCAAUGGUCAGAUAAAUCCAAAGAAAGAGAACUACAAAUUUGAAAGUAAUGCUGAGUCCAGUAUUAGACCAAGCCGACUGAGUGAAAGCAGCAACACUAGCAGCUCCUCGGACACGAGCAGCAGCACUAGCAGUGCUUCCAGCUCCUCAGACAGCAGUGACUCUGAAUCAGUUACAGAAACAUGCUCAGAACAGAGUGGAAUGAGGCAAAACUGCCUAACUUCUUUGGAACAACCUAAGAGAACAUCACUGUGCUUACAGAGAAUGUCCUACAAUGCUGUUCUGCAAGUACAGCCCUCAUCUGUUGCUAGUAGCUUGCAAAACCAUGGAUCACCUGAACCACAGCUGUUGUCUCCCAUUGUGCUACAGAAGCUUAAGCCUUUACAGAGUAAAUCUCUUAAAUCAGCAGAACAAAAUGCUAAGUCUCCCUCAGGUAUGCUUGCAGGUGUAUGUGCUUUGCAAGAUACUUCAGUCAAGCAAAUGCCUCAGACUGCUCGAAGGACAGAUCAGCCUUUUGAUAUCCAGUGUACACAGGCUGUUCCAGAGGUAUCCAAUACAACCUCCCCUGCUGAUGAUGCUGAUGGGACUAAAACUGAAAAAACAUUAGUUAAUCUAGAUGAAGUUCAAAGCAAGGCCAGUGAGAGAGCCGCUGAUUCAAUAUCUAUUAGCCAAGAGCAGAGUCAUUGUAAUACACCUAAUGGUACAAAGACUCUAGAGACAAAAUCCCAGAGUUUUCCAGAAAGGGCCGCAGGAAUUAAGAACAUAGACUCCUGGGUAAGCUUGUGCAAAAUGAUGAUGCUUCCAGCUCCAAUAAAGUCAUCUGCAGAGAGCUUCAAGCAUUUCAGGAAAGUAGCCUUACAGAAGGCAGCUGGGCAAGCGCAGGAAAAAGAGAGGGUCCCUAAAGGCGCAGGAGUGGAUGCCAUGGUAAUGAAAGACUUUAAGCCCCCAAAAGAAGAGGAUAUGAGCAAACAAUUGCCAGAAGCUCAGCAACACCCUCUUGUUCAGGACCGUAACUUGGCCAGAAAAAUGGAACAAGAACGCAGGAGAGAAGCAGUAAGUUGCUGACUCUUUUUGGUUAAUUUUGUUUCAAUUCUAGUACACAACUGAGAGAAGAAAUUCAGGUCCUUCAAAGUAAGAACCUGAACAAGUAAAAACAAGAUAACUCUGCAAUCUGAAGUUAGACCAGAAAAUAAAAUAGGAUGAUUAAAUAAAUCUGUAAGCGGCAUAACAAAAGAAGUGCUCAUAUUAUUCAUACAAUGUUACAAUAAUUGCAUAACAAAAUCAAAUUAUUAAGUAGGCAGAGAUUCCCCUUUAAAAAGUCAAACCUCAAGUCUUUGCAAGCUGCUCAUCCUCUUCAACAUGCUAACAUACAACAUGUCAACAAAAGUGCGCCAUACUGUAGUACUCUGAAAUACCAACAUGGAGCCUUUUAAAAACUAACUUACUGGUCUUAUUGGUAUAGAUAAUGAGUGCUCUUUAAUUGCUAUUAUGCUUUAGGUUAAAUGUUUCUAAACCAGUUCAAUGUACAGUAUUACGCAGUUUGGCUAAGAUCAUAAUAGACCCAGAUAAAAUCUCCUGAAGCUUUCAUCUUGCUCAGCACUUUUCAGAAAGGACUUGAACAGUAUGCAUAAGCAAAUUUGUAAAAACACAGGAAGCAUACACUUCUUUGGGAAGAAGCUUUGUAGGUUUUCAUUAAAUCUUAAUAUUUGUCCUGCAUAGUAUUCAUUACUGCCUGACUGCUCUGAGAAAUACACUGAUUUGCUUUCUUGCAGAUGGCUUGUACAAUUGAUAUGAAUUUGCAGAGUGAUAUUAUGGCAACUUUUGAAGAAAACCUUGAAUGAAAAUGGUCGUUAAUGUAGAACUUAACUUUGGUACUACUACUGACUAUAUGACUUUGCAAAUAUAAUAGUUAUGAGCUUAAACACUAAAAUCACUUUAAAGAGCAUGCAAGCUCCUGUAAAAUGCUUGAUGUGGAAAGCUUGCUCACUGGCAUCUGAAGCAUCACAAGAUAGUUUUGUUUCUUGCUUAUAACAGAUAUAUGAUCUAGUCUUCUAUGCAGUGGGAUACUGUUGUACUUCUGAUUACAGUUCAUAUUUUGUGCUUACAUAUGCAUGAUUUUUUCUAAUCCUUCAAUCCAUUUUUUCAGAAAUGCUUCAGAUUCUGUUAUACAGUCCACAGCCAAAUUCUCUUGGUUUUAGUAGUCAGUGCACUAAAUGCACAACUACAGAAACUACUUCAACUCAAAGUCUUGCCAACUAAAUGAUUAUUAUUAAGACAGUCAUUUGUUAUCAUAUUUGAACAAAAUCUGGGCUGUGACAAAAGAUCUCAUAACAAUAAUGAUUUCUACAGAGUGUGUAACAUUACUUGUGAUCAGAAAACAGUACUUCCUGGAAUUCUAAUUUCAGUAGUAAAUCUAACUCAUUCGCAAAUCCUAUAUACUUGCAUGCCUUACAGACAAGUCGAUCUUCUGUUUAAUGUAUUUUAUGUUAACAUCAGUGUGCAAGCAUGUUUGCCAGAUGGUUCUGAUUUUUCAUGGAAAGAAAUUAUCUAAAAUACUCCUCAUCUGGAUCCAGUUUGAAGGCCUUUCUGUUUAAUGCAAGAUUUUAAUAAUGUUGAGAUACUUAUCUGAAGUAGAAACUAGUCUAAAAGAUCUAUAUUCCUGUUGAUUACAUACAACUUUCUCAAACUAAGUAUGGGAUUAAUUAGACAUUUCUUUAUAGAAUUAAUACCAAAAUACAGCAAGCACUAUGGAAAUGUUGGAGGAAGAGUCCCGCUUAGGAUAAUCUGGUUUAGUGAUCUCAAAUUUUUUGGAUCGUGUAGCCAUCAGUAAAAAAAGAGCAUGUACCAGGUAUCCUUAUACAUUUAUGAAUUAUGUACAACCAUACAAAUAUUACAUAUCCUAAAAAACAUACACAAAGAUGGAAAUUAAAGGAUUAAAUAAACGCUAUUCUAUUUUUUUCUUCUUUUGUUUAUUAACAGUACCAAAAAUAAAUUUUCUUCCUGCACCUCA